AUGGAUGAUAACGAUACGGUCGACGACUUCGCGGGGAAGAUAUCGGGCCUAUCAUCCAAAGCAACCUCGUUCGGAGAAAACAUAAAAGAAUCCAAGAUGGUCAAGAAGUUCUUGAAGGGUCUUCCUAGACACAAGUACAUCCAGAUCGUAGCAUCGCUUGAGCAAGUGCUAGGCCUGAACAAGACGGGAGAAGAAAUUCAGAAAGAAUACCAAGGGAAGCUGAUGUUUUCGAACAAUGAAGAGCAUAGUCAAAUGGGCUACGAGAAUUCCUGUGGUAGAGGAAGAGGACGGAACGGUAGAGGCAGAGGUCGAGGUAGGUCACACAACCAAAACCGUGCAUCAAGCACCGAAGAUAACAACUCGAAGAAGAAUCGUUCAAAGCUGAUAUGUUGGAGAUGUGAGAAGCCUGGUCAGUACGCAAUUGUCUGUCCCGAGAAGAUAGAGAAGAAUCAAGAAACCAACCUAAACGAGACAGAAGAGACCGAUGCACUUUAUGUACACGAGGUGGUGUUCUUAAACGAAUAUAACGUGAUUCUGAAGAAUCUUGAUAUCGGAAAAGGCAAUGCAAGUGUCUGGAAUUUGGAUAGUGGAGCGAGCAAUCACAUGACGGGAAACAAAGAGUUCUUUUCGAGUUUGAAUCUCAACACCAAAGGGAAGGUGAAGUUUGGUGAUGGAUUGUGUGUUGACAUUGUAGGAAAGGGUGUGGUUACCUUUGUGUGCAAGACUGGAGAGAAGAAGGCACUCAAAGACAUAUAG